AUGGAAGGGACACUACUUGUAGGCGAUAUCGUCGAGAAAGAGACAAAGCCUGCGAAGCCCGUCAUAUUUGACGACUUCGACGCCACUCCGAACGGCUUUCCAGCACACAAGAAACGCACCCGAGUCUCUGCGUUCAAGCAGCGACAACAAGGCAAAGACGUCUCAGGCGCCCAAGCUGCCACGACCGCAUUAGCAGCCAACGAACGCGAGCCACAGAAAUCCAAUGAUGGCACAUCGUCAAAGUCCGAUUUUGAGGCGGCCGAGCGGCGGCGGAUCGAUCGCGAGAACAGACAGAAGCUGGAAGACAUGACCCCGGACGAGAUUGCCAAAGAGAGACAGGAGUUGUUGAGCUCGCUAGACCCGUCACUCAUCCAGCGACUCCUGGGGAGAGCAAAUAUCGACGAGCAGCACGGCCCAAACCCCUUCGAUCCGCCAUCCGCGAAAGAUAGUAAGGCCGACGAGCCUCCGGCUCCCGCGCCCGAGAUUAGAAUCGAAGACACAUCUGCGCCACCGAAGCCCAAGCCGGCACCGAAAGCCGUCAGCUUUGUGGAAGAAAAAGAAAAACCUGCGCCAGUCGACGAGAACAAGAUACCAGCAGCUCCUCCCGCGGAUCUGUUCCCCAUGAACGAGCAACCAGACAAGACACACUUCCCGGCCGCUCCUGCUCUGCCCGAUCUGGAUCCGUCUCAUCCAGACUUCCUCGCGACGCUUCACGAGAAAUUCUUCCCCAAUCUGCCUGCCGAUCCCAGCAAACUUGCCUGGAUGGCACCUAUCCCGACCGCCGGCAGCCUUGCCGAUCGCGAGUCACCAUACUACCCGGGGCAAGAGUCGCUUCCCAUCGCGGCUCUUCGUUUCGAUUUCCGCGGCGGCCUCAUCCCGCCUCGCUUGAGCAGAUCGAUACCAGUGAGCAAGGGCUUGCACCAUCACGGCCAAGCACCAGAGGCUGCAGGAUACACCAUUGAGGAGCUGGCCAUCUAUGCGCGAAGUGCUGUUCCGGCACAACGCUGUGUUGCCUUUCAAACGUUGGGUCGGAUUCUCUACAGACUGGGCAAGGGCGAAUGGGGCAACGGAGAGGAGGACAGCCUUGGAAGAGGCAUUUGGAGCAGCAUUCAGGAGGGCAAGGUGUUGGAGAGUCUGUCAGAGGCAGCCAUAGUGGACGGUGGUCACCGCGGAAGCCGUGCAUACGCCACGGAGGCCCUGUGGCUGUUCGAGAAGGGCGGCUGGAGGGAGCAAUGGUCCGGCCGGUGA